AUGGGCCCGUCGCUCUUGGCUCUCCAUGGUUCAGCGGACGACGACGAACAAUCUUAUCCGAAACAAGGCUUCAUAGAGGACGAGAAUGAUGGCGCCGUUGAGAAUGGCACCCUCGCCUUUGUUCACGUGAUCCAAUCUAGCCUGGCCUACCCCGGGCUCCAGGUGUUACCUAAAGAAGCUGUUCAUGCGCUCAAGUGUUUACUUCGCGCACUCGACGCUUUUCAUCAACAAGAAGUUAUUGCUCCACCUACGGCGAUCACUUAUGAUCGUGGCUUCUCCAAGCUGCGAUCUCUCACUAACAACGAUGGUGUUGGCUCUUUUACGGCCUUCCAUCAUAACAGCCUAUCUCUUGACUCACUCCUCAAAGGCUCAGACGCACCCACUCUUCUUACGGUGGCACUCAGUUUAUUCAACAAACCCUUCAUUGCAGUCUACACUCAGGUACUCCAUAGCGUCGCCAAAUCCAUUUAUUCGCCGUUUAUUGCGUCAAACAAGCCCCCGCCUCCGCCUGCUCCGAAGCCUUAUCCAACUGGUCCCCACCAGAGCGGUAUAGACACACUGAACGCACUCCAAUUCUACACCAUACUCAAGCUACCCCCGAAAUUCUCUCGUGACGGCGCCAACACGGCAACGAAUGAGCCGCCGCCUCGUCCGGCUCCUAAGCCCUAUCCGACAGGCCCAUCUCAGAGCAAGCUUACGAGGCCACACGAGGCGCCUCCGCGUCCAGCGCCGAAGCCAUAUCCAACCUGGGUGCAUCAAAGCUAG